AACAUAAAGCAUUUGAGAAAAAACAUAUGGCGGGAAGUGUAUAAUCCCUUGAUAUCGAUAUCAUCACUCCUCUCGUGCUUCGCUUCAGCCGCUACAAUACAUCUUAAUCGGCGCGGCGCCGGACGCACUACUAAUACAAAUGUACGGAAACAGCGAAUUUGACGGCAGCGCUGCCUUCUCCGGCGGCGGCUUCAUGCCUUCUCAGGCUACCCAAACCGCCGAUCCCUCCUUCUCUCCGGCCAAGAAUCGUGAGGCACAAGGUUUACUUCCACUGACGGUGAAGCAAAUAAGAGAAGCUUUUCAAGCGAGUGAUGAUAAGGCAAACUUUUUGAUUGAUGGAGUAUCAGUGAACAACGUGAAAUUGGUUGGAUUGGUGUUUGAGAAAACUGAAAGGGUGACUGAUGUUUCUUUCACACUUGAUGAUGGAACUGGCCGAAUCGACUGCCAUAGAUGGGUACAAGAACCUGUUGAUACAAAGGAAAUGGAGCUACUAUCAAAUGGCACAUAUGUUAAGGUUCAUGGGCAUUUGAAGGGCUUUCAAGGGAAAAAACAAUUGAUUGUUUACUCUGUGAGGAGUGUCACGGACUAUAAUGAGAUUCCAAACCACUUUGCUGAGUGCAUGUAUGUCCAUUGCUACAACACUAGAACACGGAUGCAGGAUGCUCCCCAAGUUACAGGUCAAAUGCCAAAUCUAUCUGUUAACACCCCUUCAAAGGGUUACCAACCUACUUCAUCAAAUCAUUUGCAGUUUUCGGCACAACAUAAUGUGGAUGCAAUCAGGGGCAUUGAUAAACUUGUCUUGAACUAUAUGCAACAGCCAUCAUGCAUUGGCAAAGAAAAUGGAGUCCAUCGUGCUGAACUUGCCAGGCAACUAAAUGUUCCCGAGCAUAAGAUCUUAGAAGCUAUUGCAUCUUUGGAAUCAGAAGGUCUAGUUUAUUCUACGGUUGAUGAGUUCCACUAUAAGUCCACUGCCAACGGUUGAAAUUGAAUAUAGGAGUGAACUUUGUAGUGCCAUUUCUACAGAUCUCAACCUUUAGGUAUGAAUGACUAUGAUUUCGUUUUCUUGUGGCAAAAAAUGGACAACAGUUGUGUUGGAUGGCAUUUGAAUAACUAUGAAUUUCAAACAUUGCAUGUC